CGUAGCGAAGAUGGCGGCGGGGGCGCCGCGCCCCGCUCCCGGCUGAGGCUCCGCGCCGCUCCCUGCGCCUCAGUGCGGCGGCGGCGAUGUCGGAGCCGGAGCACCUGGGCGGGAAGCGGGCCGAGUCGGCGCGGCUGCGGCGGGCCGAGCAGCUGCGGCGCUGGAAGGGCUCCCUGACCGAGCAGGAGCCGGUGGCGGCGGGGGGCGGCCGAGGGCGGCACCGAGGGGCCGGGGGAUCCCGCGUCCGCUUCGAGGAGGGCGCCGUGUUCCUGGCCGCCUGCUCCAGCGGGGACACCGAGGAGGUGAAGCGGCUGCUGGGCCGCGGCGCCCGCAUCGACACCACCAACGUGGAUGGGCUGACGGCGCUGCACCAGGCCUGUAUAGAUGAGAAUUUGGACAUGGUGAAGUUCCUUGUAGAAAAUGGAGCCAAUGUGAACCAGCAAGAUAACGAGGGCUGGACCCCCCUGCACGCCGUGGCUUCGUGUGGCUACCUGAACAUUGCAGAGUAUUUAAUUAGUCAUGGAGCCAACGUGGCUGCUGUGAACAGUGAAGGUGAAGUCCCGUCUGACAUUGCAGAGGAGGCAGCCAUGAAGGACCUGCUUCUGGAACAAGUAAAGAAACAAGGGGUAGACUUAGACCUGGCAAGGAAAGAAGAGGAGCAGCAGAUGCUGCAGGAUGCCCGGCAGUGGCUGAACAGUGGGAGAAUUGAAGAUGUAAAGCAGCCUCAGACGGGUGCCACAGCUCUUCACGUUGCUUCAGCAAAGGGCUAUUCUGAAGUCAUGAGGCUCUUGAUCCAGGCUGGGUUUAAUUUGAACGUCCAGGACAACGAUGGAUGGACUCCACUGCAUGCUGCUGCACACUGGGGGGUGAAGGAAGCCUGCUCCAUCUUGGCUGAGGCGUUGUGUGACAUGGAUGUCAGGAACAAGCUGGGCCAGACUCCAUUCGACGUGGCCGAUGAGGGACUGGUUGAGCAUUUAGAAAUGCUGCAGAAGAAACAGACAGUGCUGCGAAGUGAGAAGGAGACGAGGAAUAAGCUGAUUGAAGCUGACAUGAAUGGCAAACCUCAAAGUGGAGUCUUCAUGAACAAAGAGAAAAUUCUCUAUGAGGAAGAUAGGCUGAAGACCACAGAUAUGGAGGAAGAGAACAAAGACUCGAGCAGUUCUAGCUCUGAAGAAGAGGAAGAAGCUGAAGAAGAUGAAGUUUCAGAAUCAGAUGCUGAAAAGGAAUCAGAAAGGAAGGAAGAGUCCUUUGCCAACCACUCCAGCCACGAAACCAGGCCCACCAUCACUGAGCAAAUACCACCACCAGAGUCCAACUCCUUCACUGCAUCUGCCAGAAGGUUCAGUUGGCUCAGCAGGUCGGACGAGCAGAAGGAUGAGUCGCCCUCCUCGUGGCGGUUGGGUCUGCGGAAAACUGGCAGCCACAACACACUGAGUGAAGUCAGUGCCCCCCGUGAGGCACAGAGAGAUAAGGCUGCUUCUAUCUAUCGAUCUUCGUCCACCCCUCGGAUAUCUGCCUUAUUGGACAGCAAAGACAAGGAUAAAGAGAACAAGAGCUAUCUAGCCACAAUAGCCCCCAGAAGACUGAGCAGUGCAAGUGACAUAGAGGAGAAAGAAAACAGAGAAUCAGCUGCUAACAUCGUGCGGAGCGGCUCCUACACCCGGCAGCCGUGGAGGGAUGAAUCAAAGGGAAAUGAAGCUCCCCAUUCUGGUGCACCUCCUACCUACGUAUCUACAUACUUGAAAAGUGCUUCAUUUGGUAGAAGUAGUGACCUCAGCAGUCCCUACAUUUCAGCCAGUCGCAAUACAUCUCUAGCUACCUCACCCACUGCCAUUGGUUCAUCUACCUCACUGAGCACCCCGUGGCAACCUGCCUCUGCCUGCCCCACACCUCUCGGUGCGAACACUUCUGCAUCCACCUGCCAGCACACCAGAGCCCCUUUCAGGCAACAAACUGAUUCUGCCGUAGAGAAAAAUACAGAGGGCCUCUCUGCUAGCACCCCCCUAGGUGUAAUCACAAACCGUGCUGUACGCGGCUCUGCUAACGGUAUUGCGAGUGCCGGUGCUGCCUCAACCACAGGAAAGGACUGCUCUGCUGAGGAAGCCAGGGAGCGCAGAAGGUCAUACCUGACCCCGGUGCGGGAUGAGGAGGCGGAGUCGCUGAGGAAGGCGCGAUCCAGGCAGGCCCGGCAGACCCGCAGGUCCACGCAGGGUGUGACGCUGACGGACCUGCAGGAGGCAGAGAGAACCUUCAGCCGCUCCCGGGCAGAACGACAGGCUCAGGAGCAGCAGAGCGAGAGGGCUGAGAGCACGGAGCCUGCUGAGGACAGCAGUGAGAGGCAGGAGCCCCGCACACGGUGGAGCAGAAAUACAGACGAGGAGGCUGUCUAUCGGCGAUUAAGGUGCCCAGCGCAAGCAGACAAACCUACAACACCUGUAUCUCCUUCUACAUCAGCUCCUCUCCUUUAUACAAGCUCUUACCUAACUCGAACAAAUAAGUAUCUGGGUCUUGACUCUGUGAAUCCAGCAGACUUCAGAGCUGCAGCCACAGAGAUGGAGAAGAACGAGUGCGAAGACGCAGACCUGGACGACAGGUCCCCAAACAAGCAGUCGAUCCGAGAGAGGCGGCGGCCAAAAGAGAGGCGAAGAGGCACUGGCAUCAUUUUCUCAACAAAAGAUGAUGAUGACGACGUUGAUGGAAACGAGGAAGCGAAGGAAACUCGGCAUGAACGACUUUCCAGGUUGGAAGCAGCUACAGCCCCUGCCACCAGUGACUCCUACAGUGACCGUGCCUCCAGCCGCUCCAGUGCCUACAGCCGCAGGGAGAACCGCCUAGCAGCCCUCAGCAGCAGGGCAGAAGAGGAGAGCAACAGGGACUAUAAAAAGUUGUACGAAAGCGCCCUGUCUGAAAAUCAAAAGCUGAAGACAAAACUGCAAGAAGCACAGCUCGAGCUGGCUGACAUCAAAUCCAAGUUGGAAAAGGCAGCCCAGCAGAAACAGGAGAAAACUUCUGACCGGUCUAGCAUGCUGGAGAUGGAGAAAAGGGAGAAGCGAGCCCUGGAGCGGAAACUCUCUGAAAUGGAGGAGGAGAUGAAGUUCGCUGAAUAGUCUGCAGCCCGAGCAAAGCCGUUGUGUCUCUCUCCAGAUGGGUAAGAAGACAAAGCUGGCUUUUGAGAUCACGCGCACCGGCCAGCACAGAGCACAGUGAUGUAUUUCUGUCCGCCCUUCCUACAGCAUGUUUGUGGAAGGCUGCGUCAGUAAGUCAGGCUGGAAUGGAUCUCAGCAAAGAGGAAUUUGCUCCCAAGUCCAGCAUGGCUUGCUGUUCCCAGCCCUCCCCCCGACCGCUCCCUGCCCCCCCCCCUUGUGGCGCUGCUGGGACGGAGCCCUGCUGGCAGGGAGCACCGCGCUGCCCGAUGCAGUGUUUGCCACCUGGGUGCACCUGCAGCUUCACAAUGAUUCUGCGGCCUUCCAUCAUUUUAUGCUGCACUUGAAUGCUUGUACUCACAGAAUGGCCCUCUGCGUCCUGUGUGCUGUGCUUCCCUUCCCUCUGAGGAGGAUCCAGGUGGCACCGCGUCGCUUUGACAAGGCAGGAGCUGGGGGUGUGAGCAGUGCACUGAUGGAAAUCAUUUCCUGCCACCCGCAAGGAGGUUCCAACUUUGUGCUCCUAUUUCAAGCUUCGUAUCUCUACCAGGCAUACACCUUUGAAAGGAUAUAUUGGCUUUUCCUGCAUCUUCUCCUGCAGUAAGUCUCAGAACAAUUUGGUGGAGUCUUGCUGUAAGGGCUCUCUUGGUCUUUCAGACAGGACAAAAUGAAUGUGGAUGUGCUCAGAGGGGAGCGACAAAGGGCUGAAUGUGCCUGGAUUCCAAAUCCUUCCUCCUCUCAGCAAGUGGCAACCUUGAACUCCAGAGGGACUUUCCCAUCAUUACAGAAACACAGCCUCCAAGAGAAAACACAGGCAGGAGCACUCUGUGGCAUUGCUUUAGCUCUGUAGAUCUCUCCACAAACCAGCUCAGUCCGUGGAGUAAAAAGACAAAUUGGUGUCCUCUAGUGGCCUGUUGGUUUUGAACACUUCUAUUGGUUCAGAAAGCAAUUAAUGAGAGAAGAUGCCUGCAGGGACUGCUGGACACAGCCCACAGCUCCUCUGCUUGGGGGAGCCGGGAGCUGCAGGUGGAUGGAAGCUGAGGAAGUGCUGUGGGAAAAGCACCACGUGAAGUCUGAUGUGUUCCUGUGUUACCCUGAAGCUGCUGGAGGCAGCACAUGGCUACAGCAGCCUGUGGUCUGCUUGAGAACAAGCUCAGCUCCUUGGGAGUGAUGCUGCCUGUUUCUGCAGACCCAAACAGCCUUUUGUUAAUGGAAUAAAUAGAUGUGAAAUGUGAAAAGUGUCUCUUCUGAGGCGCUGCUGUGUUUCCACCCCACCAGACUUUGCAAAAACUCCAGCAUGUGAUGAGCACCUGGGUGUGCUGUGACAUACAAACAGUGUGAAGGCUCUGACAGUGAAAGCGUUGGACCAGUCCAUAAGGAGAGCAAACUUUCCACGUCCACUUACAUCACAUCUUAAAGCAGAAUUCAGCCCAGCUGUGCUUGUGUAGAAUGAGAUAACCUCUGCAGAACAUCUGUGUUAAGCCCUACUGUGUCAGUAGUGCCAGGAAAACAAAUCUCUUAGUGCUGGCUAUGCUUGCAUUCCUGUUACUUUUGCUAAUUGAAUAGCUAUUGAGCAGCAUCAGGAAGAGCAAUUUAAGCAAAUCCACCAGUUUCCUAUAAGGUGGAGAGCAGCAAGGGGAAUACCCACCUAUGCCAUGGUGUUGGAUUCUGAGUCAUACUGCAGUCACUGGGAUUCUUCCCAGCAGUCUGAGUGGAACCAAUCCAUCAGGGCUCACCUGCAGCUGUUUGCUCUUUGGCUGGCACUGAGUCCAGAGCACUGUGGGAGCAGCUGGCUCCUUGGGAAGAGGAGCAAUGUCACAGGAAGGUCCUGGGUUGCUGUGACAGCAAUGCUGUGUAGUUCAGCCCAAGCUUGAGGUUACAAGCUUUGUUCCUUCUAUAAGUUCAGCUACUGCUGGUGAAGCUGCCAAGAAGUGGAGAGGAACGUGGUGAAACUGGUGAUGGCAGGGAGCUCCGUGGUGCUGGAGGGGCUCCUGCAGCCCUUGGGAAGGUGACACAGCAAUACAGCAUUUUCCUGAGUGACUGCAGGGUUUGACUGGAGAUACAGCAACUUGGCUGAGGAAGGAGGAAGAAAAUUAGCAUUUGCACUGAACUGAUUUCAGUGCCAAGUGCCUGAGGUCCCAACUUAACACAGCAAUUUUCCUUGAAGGUCACAGAAGCUUCUUUACUCUGAAGCAGCACCGCACCUCCUGGCUGGGUACAUUGUGCAUGCUUUGGGCAUCCUUAUUUCCCUGAGUGUUGCAGGCACAAAACCCUUUAAUUGAAGGCAAGUACAGCUGAACCGAGGAGCUGCUUUCAGUAAGCCAAGAAUCAAGCAGAGUGAUAAGCAAUCACAGCAGGAUCAUCCACAUUCUGGUCUUUGCCUUUGGCUUCAGCCCAGCUCUCAGCCUCCGCUCGCUGUCUUUGAGCAUGAUAAAUAGGAAGCCAUCCGACCUGCAGCACACACACAUUUUUGCAUAGGUGAUCCUUUUCCCAGCUGCACAGCGUGCUGAGGCUGAGCUGCAUCUGCUCGUGCUGUGCUGCAGUUCGUGCUCUGUUGGCGCGGGAAGUGAAGAUGGUCUCUAAAGUGAUCACAAUCCUUUCCACCCCACGAAGCACGCACUGCGUUCUACAUAUGUUGGCCAUUUUCUGCCAGCCAGAUGCUCAGCUGUAAUAAAACAGAGAGCAUCUAUAAACUGCGAUACCGCAGGAAAAAACGGCCCUUCAGUCCAACCAGCAGCUCCUGGGUGCAGGAUGGACACGGUGAUGUCUGUCUGUCCUCUGUCCAGCCGGCACAGUGGGGCAGGUGGUGCUGGCUGGGAUCUGGGGGUGGGCAGGGUGUCUGUCCCCCGAGCUGUCCGUCUGUCUGGUGUCAGAGCGGUGCAGGUGAAGGCCAGCAGCAGGAGCUGUGCUCCCUUGGAUGCAGGAGCAGCUGCACAGCCAGCUGGGCUCAAGCCCCGUCCUUUCCUGCUCUGCAUCCCUUCCGUUGGCGUUGCGAGGCUUUUGGACGAGGUCUCCAUUCCUUCAUGAGGAGCAAAGGUGGUGCUUAGGGGCAGCUGGGGCUGCACUGCUGGCUGCCCAAAAUGCUUCUGUGCAGCACUGAGCCCUCAAACAGAACAUCCCUGCAUGCAGCAGUUCUGUGGGGAGCUCCAGCAGCUCCAUGCACAUCAGGUGAGAGUUCUUCGUCUCACAGCUGUGCCAGCACUGCCCUGGCUAAGGCUGAUGUCAUUUUGCAGGUAGUGCUGCCUUGGGACCCUUCCUGCUGAUGGCAUGGCAGGAAGGAGCUCCCACAGCCCCUUCAUCUCCUCCAUCCCCACACACACAGGCGUGGGGAGGCUGCAGGAGGGACGGAUGGCACUUUGCCUUGGGCUGGGAUUUGUCUCUUGAAGCCAAAAUCCCUCCUUUGGAGGGUGCUUCCCUUCCUGCCCCCCACCCCAUGGAGGGGCUGCAGUGCAGGAAGCAGCACUCAGCCCUCACACCUGGCGUCCAUUCACAGUGUUGGUGUCGAUCCAUUUUGCUGUAGUGUUGCUGGGAACGCGUCCUCCUUGUGUGAGCAGCAGUGAUGUCUGCACAGCUUUCUGCUCUGCCUUCCCCUGUGCUUCCACGUCGUGUUUCUGUGCCCACCCCUCCUGGGUGCUGAUUCCUGCCCCGUUCUGUGCUCGUGUGGUCCAGCACUGUGUUCUGUCUGCCUCUUCCUCGGGCUCUUCUCAUUCAAGCUCCUGUCAUUAAAACGAGUGCUUUCAGUUCUUAACUUUUCCCCUCUGAAGGCUGAGUCUCCUGGCAAAGAAGAGUUGAAUUUGGGCUGGGUUAUUUGGAAAAGCCCAGGCCCACCCCACAGCUUUGGGGAGCAGAGCCAAGAGCCCAUUGGGUGCCAUGGGGUGAAGGCUGUCAGCAGGCUGUGGCCGUGGCUCAGCUCUGUGCCCUCCAGAGGCUCUGCUGCAGCUCUGCUCACUUCUGUGCAGCUGCUUCAGUGUUCAGAGAUGCAUGGGAGGAGUGGCACGGAAAUUCAGGUGCCGGCAGUGCUCCCAGAGCUCCCAAUGCUCCCAGUGCUCCCAGUGCUCCCAGUGCCCGUGGUGGCGGUGGGACACCGUGAUGGUUCUCAUAGUGGUUCACACUCCCAAAGCUGUGUCUGGUGGAGCUCAUUAGGGGUCAUUAGCAAAUCACCCCCAAGGACCAUCCUGCUUUGGCUGGGAAGUCCACUUUCUUAGGACCAUUCUAAAGGCUUUUGGGGUCCCUGGGGGAAGGGUGGGCUCCCCAGGUGCUGUCAGUGCGCCGAGGGCUUUCUGUGUGCACAUCUGAGCUGCUGCCCACCCAGCACUCACCGCUACUGAUUUGUCUUUUCUUUUUCUCUCUAUUCUUUUACCCCUUGUGGACUAAAUUCACCUUUCUGUGCCCUUUUGUCUCCAUGGUGUGUUCUCUCCGUAUCUUCCCGUCCCCUCCUGUCCCUCUCUGCAGAACCUCCACCAGCUCAAACAGAUUCACACUCUGAGGCAGAUGAACGAGCAGCUGCUGGCCGAGAACAGGGCUCUGACGCGGGUUGUGGCCAGGCUCUCACUGCCUGCCAAGCCCUCCGAAUCAGAGGAGCUGUAGCCAUUGGCCAUCCGGCUCAUCUCGCCUCCCUCCUCCAUCCUGCAGGCAGGUCUCCGCUCCGUGGCCGAGCUCUCCCCUGGCUGCUGGGCUCCAGGCUGCAUGCGGCCGAUGCUCUGCUGAUGCUGCUGGGCGGGCAGGGCUUCCCUGCACGGUGUGCCCUCGGUUCUGCUGGCUCCGCUGUGCUUGGCAGCCGCUGAGCUCCGCCGUCCCACUAACAGCCCGCAGCAGGGGGGGCUGCUUUCUCCUUGCCCAGAAGAGAGACAGGAGGACCCGCUGCACCCCGGCACAUGGGUGGCACUGAGGGGUGGGAGCCCGGCUGCUUCCCUGCGGCUCAGCCGGCUGCCAUCGGGGCGGUGGCAGAGGCGGUGCCCCUUCCAUCGCUGUGCCCGCGGUGAGGUUUGCUGUGUGUCUGAUCGAGGUGUCUUCAGGCUUAGUGCAGCACAGCGGGCGCACAGCAAGCAUUAUGCAAAGUCGCAAUGAAUGAUUAAUGAACUUCCAGGGGCGUCAUGAAAAAUGCGCAUUUUAGAGAGGAAGGUGGUUUCAAGAAAAUCCCAAACUGAUCAGUCUUCAGCACUUUCUCUUGUUUUCUGAAGCAAUGAAAACAAGCUCCUUCCCUCGUGUGAAGCAGCGGAAGGUGUCGCUGUGAGCUCCGCGCUGCAGCAUCCGUGCUGCCUCCUGCAGGACGGUGUGAGCAGAGCCGGCCCGGUGCCGUGCACCCACUGUGUGCUGGGGGUCACUGCAGAGAAGUGGGUGCGUGAGCCUCGGGGAGCUGCACCCUCACACAUCACACGGUUAGACUGCAUCCUUUCCUGCUGCUGCAUUGCCUCAGUGCUCACAUAACGCCGUGCUUCCUCCCUUCGUUGCAUCCUGCGCGCCUUCUGCAGGUUAGUAGGGAUAUUUGGGUCCCUUCAGGCAGAGCUAUUUUUUCCUAAAGGAAAAAAAAGAACCACUGUGCUCUAGUGGGAUGGAAGUGGCACUGAGGUAUGAAGAAGUCUAUUCUUAGCACACAAAUUAUAUCAGAGAUGAUUAACCAUAGAAACAAACUAACCGGGGGAAUUGGGGCUUCCCUUCCCCGAGCCUCAGUGCCAGAGCCCAGGUUCUGCUCUGGCUGCUUUGUGCUGUGGGUCAGAGGGAAUGAUCUCCCCACGCGCCCGCUUUCAAUCCGCAGGAGUAGCCCCAUGCCUGUCCCUGCCCCCUUGUUCUCAUAGCCUCAAAGCCGCCAUGUUCCACCAACUUUAAGCCGCCCGUCUCUCUUCUUCUCUUAGGAAAUAAUUGCAGCUCCGUUUCCCCCCUCUGCCCCGUUGCUUCCAGUGCUGUCCCAUUGCAGGCUGUGUUGAUGAUGCUUGCUGCCCGCUUGCAGGCUCUGCUCUGUGCUGGGAGCAGCGCUGCGUCCCUGCGCUCCGCUGGGUUUCCUCAGCUCUUCUCACAGGUCCGGCACGGGAUGCUGCUGCUGCCCGUCAGCUGCUCUCCUUGCUGUCCUUGGGCCUCACAGCUGUACAGCCAUGUCACUGUUCUCAACUGACAGAUUUACUGCAGUGGCCCUUCACGGAGAAUCUCAUUUUCCAAAAUCCACAUCAUUUCUGCAGUGUCACCUUCUGCGUGUCGCAGUGCACACAGCUCAGCUCGCAGCUCGCUCUGUGCUGAUGCUGCACAUCAGCGUCGUGGGGCCGUGUGGGCUGAGCCCUCCUGAGCCCUCCUGGCCCCGUCCCUCUGUGCCGUUCUAACAGACAUUUACAGAGCAUCAUUGCUCAGACCCCUGCAAUACCAGCCCUGUUUCAUGUGCUGUUUAUUUUGUGAGGCUUGAGCCUGGUUUGCAGUGAAGGGAGGAGUGCCCUCUGCUCGGGAGGGACUGCACUUUGCAAGGCUGAUGUGUGGCUUCCAGAAAGCUUCACUGGAAACUGAUGGAGUCAAGAAACAACCAGGAAGCUUCAGGAAACACAUUGUUCCAUUCCUCCCGUUCCAAUUAAUCACCAAAGUUGCACUGAAGUGUUUUUGUAAAGCACAGCCAGCAUCGGUAAGCUGAAAUGGGGAUGGAUGCUGCAGGGCCACCCCAGGCAGUGACAGAGGGGGACGGGGGCUGUGUGCAGCCCUCAGUUCAGCCCCUCGGUUGCUCUGGACGUGGAGGCAGUGUGCUCAGUGCUGAGCUCAGAACCGCAGAGUCGUUAAGGCUGGAAAAGACCUCUGAGAUCCCCAGCCCCACCACACUGUGCCCACUGCCAUCAGUGCCCGGAGGUCUGAGCGCAGUGACCUCCGGGCAGCCUGUGCCAAAGCAUCACUGCUCCCUCAGAGAGUGAGGAUGAAUCACUGGAGGGAAUGGAAGGGCAGAGUGAGAGCACAGACACUUUGUCCUUCUCACCAUUCCUGGGCACUCGGUGUUUGGCACUGCCUGCUGUUCGGCCAUCAUUCCAUGAUGAACCACAGCAUCUGUUCCAACGGCCGCUGUGUCGUGGGGUGCAGCCCGUGUCACCUCUUCCUUUGGGAACCCCCAGCACAGGAGUUGGAGACAGCUGUGCUGUGCAGGGAUGCGGUGCACUGGGAGCUGGGAUGGAGCCGCCUGCAGGCAGGGCCGGGGCUCCAGCACCAGGGGGGAGAAGGCAGAGCAGCUCUGCAGGGGGGGGAUUUCAUUUCAGGGGAAUUCCUCCAAGGUCUGCAUGGACGCAGGUGAGUCGGCGCUCAGCUCGCUGUGUGCUUUGUGCCACCUCCAGCUGCACUGUGACCCCAGACACUCAGCACCAGUGCUGUUCUGCUCCUCCUGCCUGGGCAGCCCCAUCCCCAGAGCUGCUCCCUGAGGGUCUGCAGUGUGGGAAGCAGGAGGGUCAGGCUUGUUUGCCAGGAGGAGGUGCUGGGAAGGUUCUGUUAGUGUUUUUUUUUCCCCUCUCUAUUCAAUUGGAGGUCUGUGGUUUUUCUCUGCUGCGGUCACUCGGCUGUGAGCACCGUGCAGCUCUCCGGGAUGUUCUGUGGGACCACGAUGUGAGCACUGACAUCAAAUGUCGUGUGAUCCCAAAGAGGUGCUUUGUUCUAAAGAUCAGCUCUAAAGAUCUCAGCCCCGUCCUGAGUUAGAAGUCCAAGGCAGAAAACGUGUCAGGCCUGGACAAAUGGGAAAAUGGGCACAGGAAGAACUGCCUUAGUAGCUUUCUGUUCUGCCAGGUCCUGCUCAGCCUGUGGGAGGGGUUUGGAUGAAAGGGCUCAGAAAUGGUCCCAGCUGUGGCCCAACUGAGCUCUGUGGCACCGCUUUCCUGGGGGCUUUGCUGUGUGAGGAGCCGAGCUGAGCUGAGCCCCCAGCCCUGCUGUAACCCCGGCCCUCUUUGUGUUUGUGCAGA